UCGUGAUAUGAAGAAUCCGAAGGAUUUUUUAUUGUAGGCCAAUAUUUUUCUGAAUGACGUCAGAUGCAGUUUCAACAUGGCAGAAUAAUAUUUUGGACCACAGGCCUAUGAAUCAGCACUGCUGUGUCAUUUGUGUUUUCUGUCCUGGUAUUAAAAAGAGUCACUAAGGUAUUAAAAUACGUAGCUGAAAGUAUAAUGGAGUAUAUGCGGUCGAGCAGUGUAUCACACAGCAGCUCAAACCCCUAUAUGGAUGGAGUGCCCUUUAAGAUCUCAGAAGCCACCAAACCUCCGAGUAAGGUUUCACUUCCUCUGAGUUUCCAAAUGCCAGAUCCCAGGAACAUUUUAUCAGAAAUGUAUGAUUUUGAAGUAGAACAAGCCGUUCUGAAUUAUGCAGAGGCACAGAGAGAAGCUGAAGAAGAAUUGGAAAUUUCUAGAGAGGAACAAAUUAACCAACUGGAGAAUAAUGAGUAUAAUAUGCAUACAACAGAAAGAGGAGAAUGCCCAAACAGUUCUGACCAUGUGGGACAGCCAGUAGAAAAUGCUCACUUGAAACAAAAUGGACAUAUUGGACACCCAGAGAAAGUCAAUCCAUUACUGGCCAACAUAAGUAGUGAUAUUCUCACUCCUGUUCCCAUUGCCAGGGACAGAGUGAACACAGAUGAAAACAGAGAUGCACAGAAUGCUAGAAUAAACCUAGCAGACUUUGAAAAUGAACAGGACCCUUUUGAUAACUUAACCCUGCAGACAAUCAAUGAUAGAGAGGAGUUAAAGAAUUUGUUUUCUGUGUCCUCUCAGGAAAACGACAACAGGCUAGUAGCCAAUGGGAUUGGUCAUAAUUGUGAAGAAAAUACAAACAAUUCAAAUAUUCACAGUCAAAACAUGGGCAAGGAAAUUAAUGGUGGUGAGAAUGUAGAAGUUGACUCUGUUGGAGUAACAUUACAAACUUCCAUAGAUAGAGUUUCCUACAAACCGCAUGUAACGCAAAAACCAAAUAUAAACACUGGUGUCCUAAGAAAUGGGGGACCCGGAACUCAUAAGGAAGUUUUAGUACAGAAAAGAAGAAGUUUGCCAGAAAGUAAAAUUCCCAAGCUGCCUCCAAUUGGUGCUAUGCCAGCUUUGGUUAGUUCUCCACUCCCUCCUAUUGGAGCGGGAAAUAAAGUCUCAGACUGUGACUCUACACUCACUAAUUCAAACCUAAAAUUUGGAGAACCUUCUGUGCUUUCUUCUUGGGAUGGCAGUCGGUCAACUCAGACCUCGUAUGGACGGUACAGCAGACAUGACAGUGCAAUUCAUGAAAGCUUAAACCUGGAAAAAUCAAACAUAACUGCUAGCUUUAGUGCUAGCUCAGGACCAUCAUUUCAGGAUUCCCGGAGGAGCUCACGCAGUACCCCAGACAUAUCCCAGGUAGAGAGGGCUCCAUUAAGUCCUUAUCUUACAACAAAGUCUCCCCCAUCACGGGUGUCUUCUGGCCAGGUGAGCCAGGAAGGUGUGGUCUUGGUUGACAGUGUGUCAUGCAGUGCUAGUGCUUGGAACAGGUACUCUCCUCUUCCCAGUACUCCUCAGACGUCCAGUCCGCCACAGGCAGGUCCUGCCAGGGCCACUCCACCUCCUAGACCAGCACCAAGAGAAAGAAAUCCAUAUAGUAAACUGUCCAAUGAAUCCCAGAGGCUGGUUGACAGUGUUGUUAGUAUGGGGUUUCCUCAAGCCAGGGUGGCAAGAGCUGUGGAAAAACUGGGAAUGGAUGAUAAACAGGUGGUGGAUCACUUGUGUCAUCUUGGCAGUCUACUGGAGAAGGGAUACACAGCUGCUGAUGCAGAAGACGCAUUAUUCUCAUUUCCAGAACAGGAUACAAAGGUUAAAGACUAUCUUGAAAUGUUAACCAACUUUAAACAGAUGGGAUUUCACCCUGCAAAAGUCAAGGAAGCUCUAGUAAAACAUAAUUGUGACAAGGAUAAAGCUUUGGAUCAACUAACACAGUUGUAGUUGGACAGUAUAGGAAAUUUGUAAGCAGUCCCUAAAAGCAGAGAUGCUUCUUUUUCAAAAUUGCUACUGUAAAGGAAUUUUGAUACUUGCUUUUAGAUGAAAUUGAAAUGGAUACACAAAAAGUAUGUAUGUAUGUUCCCAAGGUUGAAGACAAGGUUUUUGUAGCAAAAAUAAUAUUGACAGACUGAUAUU